CUAACCCUCGUAUUAAUACUCCAUCCUUCGGCUUCUUUUCCGCCUUUUAGACGUUCCUCGCGUUGCGGUGAUAACAGCAAGAAACGUAUCCUACCCCGUAUCCACCACGUAUUGACUAAGCACCUAAUGGCACCAGAAGUCACAGGGCAGAAGAGGAGCUCUGAGUACAUUGAAGAUACUCCAGAUCUUGCAUUUCGGAAGGCGCGUAAAGUUAGUCGCGCUUGUGACUUUUGCAAGUCAAGAAAAGCGAAAUGCAGCGGUGACCAGCCAUGCGCAAAGUGCAUAUCAAGAGGCCGAGUAUGCUUGUAUGAGGCAAAGUAUACUCGUGGCAUGCCACCUACGCCUCCGCCGUCAUCCGAUGUGAGCCAAUUGCAGUCGGGAGGCGACAGUGGACGGUCUUCAGCCAGCAGAUUCGCUGUACCUGAAAGCAUAUCUUUCAUGCCGAGCUCUGGUUUAACCCCAAGUGGUAAUGGGCAAAUAGCCCAGACAUCGCGACAACCAGAAGGACUUGCUGCUCCCUCUCGUGCAUCGCCUGAGUUGGGAAUGGCAGAAAUCCAAGGUCAGGUAUUUGAUCCGACGUCUAGUUUGGCAUUUCUUCAUAGAGCGUCAAAGCGCCUAGCGACUCACGGUAGCAGUCAGGGCAGUGAUGAUUCCCGGUCAUCAGCUGAAAGUCAGCUGGUAUAUAUGGCUGGAGACAAGCCGUUGGCAAUAGAAAGCGAAGGCAGCCAGCAACUGUAUACUCUCCCUGACCCAUUGGAGGCCAGGUUUCUCUUGGCUCUUUACUUCGAUGUCUGCAUCGCUACAUACCGCAUCUUACAUCGUCCAUCUACCGAAAAUUGGCUGAGUAUUAUGGAAACCAAUAUGGAGGAAGGGAUAGCCAUAUGGCACACGAUUGGACGUGCAAAGGCAGCCACUAUAUACGCAAUUCUAUCAGUUGCCAAGUUCCAUCGUGAGAAGUCUAAGGGAUAUCUCACAGGAGAUUGUCAAGCGCUUCGCUUAGCUGAUAAUCUUUUCCGCUUCUCAAUGAGGCUCACAGAGCAAGAGACAGGAUUCCCCAGGCUAGAGUCAGCCCAAGUUCGCAUUGUUCAAGUUCUAUAUCUUCUUACCACCUCACGUUUCAAUCAGAGCUGGUAUAUUUUUGGAAAUGCACUACAGCUUAUUUCUGCUCUGGGUUUGCAACGCCGUGCUGAUUGGAGAAGAAGACACAAGCCAGCAGCUGAUUAUAUCGAAAAACAGUGCUCUCUUAGAACUUUCUGGACUGCAUAUGUUCUUGAUAAUUAUCUUGGAGUUGUAUUUGGGAGACCACGUCAUUUUCAUGAUGAAUACAUUGAUCAAGAUCUGCCCGAUCGAAUUAAUGAUGAAGACAUGUCAGCAGACGGGCCUGUUGGUGAUAUUGAUGAUCGCCGAGGGUGUCAUACUGACGCGUUGGUUUUUCAUGCACGCAUUGCAAAGAUAAUUGGAGCUAUUUCACAAGAUAUGUACACAACGAAACUCAUUUCUGAAGUCGAAAGAAUAGCUGCCGCAAAAGACUUAACGCAACGGGUUCAAGAUUGGCAUCAAAGCCUACCUGCACAUCUUGGUGCAGUUCAUCCAUCUAUUUUGAUCCCCAGCUAUCGAAGGCCAGCUUUAGCGCUGGGGCUCGCUCACUCGCACGCUAUUAUGCAUGUCAACCGCCUAUUUCUGAUGCGUUCCCCGGCUUCUGUUUAUACUUCACAGAUUAGCGACUGUAUUAAAGCUGCAAAAGAUGUGCUGGAAUCGGUAGACACUAUGGCCCGAGACGGGCCUAUUUUUCACGCCUUUUGGUGGACUCACUACGUGACGUUUUGUGCCCUGGUGGUAACAUACGUAUGGGUUAUGCAGCAACAUCGUAUAGGCGCUACAGACGAUCCCAGUUAUAGUGUGAGACUGAUGCAACUUGCAGAGAACUGUCACGGCCAUCUUGCUCAAGCAACAUCUUCAAAUUCACCCAGUCGGCGAUAUGCUGUGAUCCUGGAAGGAUUUCGAGCUGCUGCGGUAAACAAAUCGACUCCACAGCAGUUGAGAACUCCAAAUAACGUACCACAUGAACAGUCAAUAGACCUUAAUCCAGGCACCCCUACUCUCAAUAAUAAUGAUGGGGGCGGGUUUUUUAGCAUCUCUCAGGGCAACUCAAUGGCACAAAUGCCUAUCUUUCAUGAUUGGCAGCUUACAGAUUGGUUGGAUUUGGACUCAUCGGCUUUUUGGCCGAGUUUCAGUGUGGAUGAAGUUUUAUCUCCAGACGAGACCCAUACCGCAGAUCAGAAUUCUUCUACUUGAGGCCGACACCCUACUUGCAAAAUUUAAUUUAGAUGUUUUUAGUCCU